UAGAUACCAUUCCCUAUCUAAGAGGUCUAAUAAUUUGUGAUUUUAACUACAAGAAAGCUGCGAAAUCUGCUAAGUUGGAAUUGGUUUAGACAAAGCUGAAGGAAGAGAAUGCAUGCUUAAGGCUACUGAGGAAUAUCUUCUAGGGUUUGUUUGUCCUGAUAGCAUUCUCACAUGUCUUACCUUUUCCUAUAUAUAAAUAGCAACUAACCCCAAUUGUCAUGGCAACCUCACUAAAGAGAACAUUUGGCUCAAUCCUAUCUUCCAUUGCAUACUUGUGUUACACGAGCGAUCACCACCACGAUCAACGCUACCAUCAACACCACCAUCACCAAAGCAUCAGCAGCAUCCACAAGGUCAAGUACGGCAUGCCUAGGGGUCGACCCCUUUCGUUGCAGACUGUGGAGCUCAAAGUCCGGAUGUGCUGCACUGGUUGUGAGAGAGUUGUCAAGCAUGCAAUUUUCAAGCUCAGAGGAAUUGAUUCGGUCGAGGUGGAUUUGCCGAUGGAGAAGGUGACAGUAAUUGGGUAUGUUGAACGAAACAAGGUACUGAAGGCCGUGAGGAGGGCCGGAAAGAGGGCAGAGUUCUGGCCUUACCCAAACCCUCCCUUGUACUUCACAUCCACCAGCGAGUAUUUCAGGGACACAACCAAUGAGUUCAAAGAGAGCUACAACUACUACAAGCAUGGUUACAAUAUCGGGGACAAACAUGGUACCAUUCCGGUGACUCAAAGGGGAGAUGAUAAAGUCAGCAACAUGUUCAACGACGAUAAUGUCAAUGCUUGCUCUAUCAUGUAACUAGACGAUCGAUCUUCUGCCAGUUCUGUUUACCAUGUACUUUAUAUGAUCGACGAUCGAUCCUUGUAUUAACAAAUCAUAGUGUGGUUUUCAAACUUUCAAAGCUUUCAAUCUGUACCAUACAGUUCUGUACAGUAUGUAAAUUAGUUAAGCGUGUUAUCAAUGUGAUUGUAGUUAUGUAAGGAAUCUAUUCAAUAUAACUAUUCCAAGGAAUCGAUCGGA